GUCUCUCCCAGAGCCGCCGGUUUAGUGCCCGGCGUGGCCGCCCAUACACUUCUCCUUCCAACCAAAUUCACUGCAUUUUCAAUUUCAAAUUUGCAGCUCCCUUUGCUCAUCUUGACCACAUCAGAUCCGACCCGCCGAAUAUACCAAUGCCAAUUUUGAUUCUCUUUCCCUCUCUUCAAGAAAUUCUUGUUACGAAUUCACGGACGCGGAACACGAGGCAACGUUAUGAUUCCCCUCUUUAGGGUUCGAAGAGUCUUGCACAAUCCUUUCGUCUCUUUUCCGGCUUGAUUUUUCUUGUUUUUUUCCCGCUUCUCUCUAUUUUUCGAUUUCACUGUUAUCGUCUCCAAUUUCCUGCUCCCCAGAACAAGAAAUCUCUCCAUUUCGCGUUCUCCUAUUUCGAGGAAUUUUCUUGAAGUUGAAACAAUUGAGGGUCUUGCUUAUUUUCAAUCUCUAAUUGUAGAGAAAGCAGCCUGAGCUUUGCUGUGCGUGGGCUUCAUUUUGUUUCAUCCUGCUAUUGUGGAUUUUGGGAUUGGGGGAUUUGUUAAUUGUUUAUGAGAGAAUGGAUUCGGAGAGUGAGUUCAGCUUGAGUAACCAGUUCAAAUGCUGCGACUGCGGAUGCAGCUGUGCUUUGGUGAAUGUGCCUGUUUCUGGUACCUGGCUACGUUCUGUGAAGCGGAAACAGGAUGAAUGUGAUGAUGCAAUGUUUAAGAGGGUCUUACCUCAGACGGCAAGGGUUGAUGCACAAGAUGAGUGUGUUGCUCUUCGUGAGAUGGUCUGCAGCCAGCAGGUGACAAUUCAAGACUUAAGAAUGGAGUUGGACGAGGAGAGGAGUGCUGCCUGCUCGGCAGCCAAUGAGGCAAUGUCAAUGAUCUUGAGGCUGCAAAGAGAAAAAUCAGAGAUUCAAAUGGAGUUUCGGCAAUUUAAGAGAUUUACAGAGGAGAAAAUUGCCCAUGAUCAGCAGGAGCUAGCUGCUCUGGAGAACAUAUUGUACAUGAGGGAGCAAACAAUUCAUUCGUUGGCAUGUGACAUGCAGCUAAACAAACACAGCGUUAUGAGUUGUAGGUUCACAGAGGCCCAGGCUGAAGCAGUGGCUUAUAAAGAAUCUGGUCAUUUGAGCUGGAAUGACAAUAAACCUGAGAUGUCGGAUGGUGAAUUUGAAUUCCCUCCCUCCAGUUAUCCUGUAAUAAAAUGCUUCAAUCAGAACCAUGUUGACGACUAUGACGUUGAUAAUGGGGUUGUGGAUGUUGAGGAACAUGUGUCAAGGGAAAUCCCACCUUCCCAAGAUCAAUUGCGAGAUCUGGAAUAUAGGAUCAACCAGUUGGAGAAGAGUCCAGGGACAGGUCAUCGAGACGUUGCAUUUUACGAGAAUGACAUGAUUGAAAAGGUGAUAAUUCGCACAUCUCUUGCAACUAACCAAGAUGCCGAUGAUGAACUGGUAGCACAGUCUCCAGAGUCUGGUGGAAGUUUAAGGAAAAUAGGUGUUUCAGAGUCAAAAGAAUGCCCAGAGUUGAAGGAAGUUAAAAAUAUAACUGAAGUUGAAGAUGCAGAUGACACUGCUAUAAGUGACAGAGUUUACACAAUUGAUUCCGUUUAUCAAGGGACAUCAUACAAUGGUGUUACAGAUCCGAAAACGUUUGUAGAGGUAGAUGAUAUGUAUACUACAAAUCCAAGAGAUUCAUUGAAUCACACUGAUCUGGAAAAUCCCGAUGUAAUAAAGCUGUAUGCAAGGCUUCAAUCACUUGAGGCUGAUAGGGAGUCUAUGAGGCAGACAAUUAUUACAAUGCAGACUGAGAAAGCUCAGCUCGUGUUGCUGAAGGAGAUUGCCCAGCAGUUGUGCAAAGACAUUUCACCUGCAAGGAGGGCACAUGUGAGGAAGCCAUCUAUAACCUGGAGCUUUUCAUUCAUAUCAGUAUUCAAGUGGAUAGUACCCUCUUUCUUUUGGAGAAAGAGAGCACGCCGAUACAAGUAUACGUUUGGAAUGCCGAGCAACUGCCCCGGUUUGCUAUUACUUUUGUACAAGGGACCUCUCGUUGGGCAUUGGAGAUGCCUUACAAGCACACAAGUUUAAAUCCAGUUUCUAUAUACUGAAUGUGUGCAGUCGUAGUGAUGGAUUUCUUAUAUAGGAAGCAACUUCUAAGAUUUGGGAUACUGUGCUCCGGAAUAAGGCACUUCAUACCCCUUUUUUGGUUCUGUAUAUUGCUAAAAUUGAAUCAAGUGCACACCAGUUUUGGCAUCAGUUUUGACACCAAAGAAAGAUUUCAAUUACAACUUUUGUGUGUAGCUGUCAGCACACCGCUCACAGAGUCACAUCCACACACAAGUUGUGUUUCAAAGUUUUCUUUGAUGUGAAAAGUUGUGUGCACCAAGAAUGGUCCGUAUUCCGAGUGAUUCAGGUGUUGUACAAGUUCUAUUCUUAGCAGUCAGUAGUGAUGUACAAUGUACAUAGUGCUUGUUUGUGUGUAGUUGGUAAUAUGAUAAUGAAGAUUGAGCUGUGAAACAGAACUCUAACUCUGGUCU